AUGUUGGAUGAGCAGAAUAUAGAAGUGGUGCCGAUUUAUAAGAUCGGUGGAAAGGAAGAAGUUAACGAGAAUGAGCCACCUCGCUGGACCAAAAAGAAAGGUUUACCUGAGGUUACGGAAAGCUACGAUAAGUUCAUGAAGAAGCAAGAGUUCCUCGCUGAACGUAUAAAAGUUCCGGAGAGCCUUUUUGAUCUCAAGUAUCUUCGUAACAUGCCAGCAACCCAGUCAACUUUACUCAACGUCACCCAAAUAGCUACUACAGCAGCAGGAAUGUGUGACAUCGACAUCCGACCGACAUUAUACAGUGGUCUCAUGGUCGCCGGUGGAAAUUCCCUCAUUCUUGGGUUCACUGAACGGCUCAAUCAUGAUUUGGCGCACAAGUGCCCUCCGACGAUUAAACUUCGUGUGACUGCUGCGCCCACACCGAUGGAAAGGCGAUUUGGUGCAUGGAUCGGCGGAUCCAUAUUAGGAUCUCUGGGAUCCUUCCAACAAAUGUGGAUUGCGAAGUCGGAAUAUGAAGAGACUGGGCGGACAAUUGUUGAAAAUCGGUGCCCUUGA